AUGAACAAGGCCAAUCCAACGGUGGCAGAACGUGAGGCCCACCUUCAGAAUGUGGAGGACACGCUGAACCGCAUUGCCCACCACAAGGGAGUACUGGGCUACUUUAUCAUGGAACCGCGGAAGGAGAAGCUGCUUAGCUUCGCGGGCUUUCGCGGGAGCUCGAGGGAGGCGUAUCGCUACGCUGACACCCUGAAGGGGUUCAUCGACGUCACCGCCUCCACCGUUCGAACCAUUGACUGGAAUGACGAGAUGACGUUUCUCCGAAUUAGUUGUGGCGCUGUCGACAUUCUCGUCGCACCGGACACAAACAAAGAGUACACGAUGGUAGUUGUCCAAGUUGUCAGUGGACGGGGCGCCUGA